AAUUAAUUAUGCUGUUCUUUAAACCUAAAUAUUCUGCAUUUUUUAGUGAGAUUAUAACUAAAAAAUAAUUCAAGAAAUGCUGUAGAUAUAAUUAAGAUGGAAAACCAUUAUCACCAAUUCAAGUAUAAGUAUUAUAUGAAACGAUGAAACCUAUGAUUGAAGGUAUAUUUAUUUGAAUUAAUAAUUUAUUAGGAUGGAAAGUAACUGAUUUAAGGUUGUAUAAAUAUUUCUAUACUGAAGAUUACUUAUCUGGAAUAUAAUUCAUAAAAGAUGUUUCGAAAAUAGAUGCACUUUCAACUAAAAAUUGUCCAAGUGUACAUUUAGUAGGAGGAGAGUUACUAACAUUAGAAUUGUAAUAAUUAAAUAUAUGAAGAUUUUCUCCUUCUUUGAAUGGUCUUUCUUAAGUUGAUUUUGAUUUAGCAAUGAGAAUAAAUCAAAUGAACUUUAAUGAAUAUUUCCUAAUUCCAUUAGAAAGUCUAGAAAAUUAUAAAAAAGAAGUUUAAGCCUAUAAAUUGAAAAAACAAGCAGAAUAAAUAUAAUAAGAACUUGCAUCAACUUAAAAGUGAACAUAUUAUGUGAUUAUUAUAAUUGAUAUAAUGAAUGUCUC